CGCCGAGCCAGCGCAUGGGCCCGCCGAUCUUACAGGGACACGCACCCACGCGCCGUCACCCUGGGCGCCGAUGCAGCAGUAGCACGGCAUGGGCGCCCGAACACGAAGACGCGACGCCGUAUCCGGCGCCCCACAUUGUCGAGUCUGCCGACGAGCCGAGCUCUGUGUCGCCUGCCUCCAUUGUGAGCCUUCUCCACGCCGCGUAUACCCGCCCGAUGGAGCACCUCGGCGUCCUCUGCGUGCUGUCUCUCUGCGUGGUGGGCUUUGUCGUGUCGACCAAGUCGCAGCUGGCAUCGCCCAUCGCACCCGACCCGAUCGCCGAUCUCCGCGACCACUCGGUGUUGUCGCUCCUCGUUCACGAAGUGCAGUCGCUGCGCACCGAGGUCUUGCACCUCCGGUCGCUGCUUCUCGAGCUCCGCCACCAGCCGUAGCGUUAUGUACAACAGACGAGGGUGUAAUAUUUCUACAACGACGACGACGGUGCGUCG